GCCGGGGAGCCUCUCAAUGAUUUCCUCUGUUCAUUUUGGCAGCGGCAAAUGGAUACAGCAGAGAAAGAGACACCAGGUUACAGAAAUACUCCGCUCCCUCUCCCUCGCAUUAAGCAAGUCAUGAAGAGCGAUCUUGAAGGUAUGUCGCUCCAUCAUAAAAUAAUCGCUAAGUACGUUCAAACUUCACACCGAACUUAG